CGGGUAUCUAAGUAGUUAUCAGCGCCAUGUUUCUGCCUCUCUGCGCCAUUCCCAAUUCUCUCAAUACCUCUGUCCUGAUACUCCUGCUUCUGUAACACAUUCAGUCCUAUGCCCUGGACGUACCUCUCAACAUAGCCACGUUUCCGCCGUUGCCCAUCGUAUUCCCUUGGAGGUGUACCUAGAUGAAAUGCAGGCACAAGACACAAAACCGUUGCGUGGUGACUCUAAAUAUGGAAAAGGCCGCCUCCCAUUUAUCGGCUGCCUUGACCUGCCAGAAUGAUGCUAUACCAGUACUGGCAUAAGGUACAGUAAUGCAAUAGCAGAUCCAUUGGUCUGGCUCACUCGGCUACUUGAUGAGGGACACUUGAGGCCGUCUGGGAAGCAAGCCAUAGUUGAUAAGUGAAUGGUCAGAAGCCACACACCAGCGAUCCUCCGCCUACCUGCCCAGGAGCAGACUGCCCUCCGCAUUUGCUUUGCUUUGCUUUGCUCUGCUCUGCUCUGCUUUGUCCGUGCUUGUCCAAUACUGACAAUACCGUGCAUCCGACCAACACAUUACAUUAUUUGGCUGGCUGCUGGAUAAUUAUUCUUUUCCAUUGCAUUGAAUUGCAUUGCAUUGCACCAGCUUGGGGGAUCAGCACAAUUAAGAGGGUAGGAUCGGAUUAGGAGCCGUAGCGUGCUCUGCAUCCAGCCAGCCAGCCCAGCCCAGCUCACCUCGAACAUCAUCAUCUCGUCUCGUCUCGUCUCGUCUCUCCUCUUACCUGCUCCCUGCUACCUACCUGCUGCGACCUCACUCCCUUACUCCUUCGACCUGCACAACUGCACAAACUUCAUAAAUCACAACACUCGCUGCAUCUGAGACAACGGUGUCGUGCACGACGCCUCCCUCGAUCUCUUGUCCUGCCCUCGCCCGCACUGUCUCAUCUUCGACUCUCCCUCCUGCCGCAGCGGCCUUGCAUUCGAGCGCUUGCUUCACACCCCUCGGUCGCGUUGAUUCUUGCGCCCAGCGAUCGCAAGCCUUCAAAACACAACUCCCUGGCAGACGUCUAGCAGAACCAAAGAAUCAGCGUCGCGUGCUGCAUCGGAUUGUUGGUCCUUGAAAUCGGUCGCCGUGCGCUUCGAAUUAAUCCUGCGACCGAAGUUGAAUUCGAGAUCAGUAACCCCACGCCCAGCUUGCGCAGAACAGCACGUUGUCGAGGCCUCUUGGGCCACCGCGACUCUCUUUCCACUGGGAACCUAUAUAGAACCUAUACUGGCAACUGGUAGAUUGGGACGUUCGCUUUCAAAAUGACUACAGACGCCCCAGCUUCAGGUAGCGCUCAGCAACCCUUCGCACACCCACAGCCUGCUCCUGUGAAUCAACCAAUACAAGCAGCAUCUCCCCCAACGAAACAAAGCUUGAAGAGCUGGUGGAAGACUUUCAGCAAACCUCUGCCAAAGAAUCAGGAACAAAAUGUUCCACCUCCUACAGGAAUAUUUGGAGUUCCCCUUCGUCAGAGCAUUACUUAUGCCAACGUAGCCAUUUCAUUGGUUGACGCAGAAGGACGAAGCUACAUCUAUGGAUAUGUCCCAAUCGUAGUAGCUAAGUGUGGAGUGUAUUUAAAGGAGAAAGCCACUAAUGUAGAGGGAAUCUUUCGACUCAGUGGAUCCGAGAAGCGAAUCAAGGAACUCCGAACCAUCUUCGACUCCCCAGAUAGAUAUGGAAAGGGUUUAGACUGGGCAGGAUAUACAGUUCAUGAUGCCGCAAAUGUUCUGAGAAGAUAUCUUAACCAGCUUCCGGAGCCGAUCGUCCCACUAGAUCUAUACGACAGAUUUCGAGAACCACUGAGAGGCUUCACUAAGCAAGCAGUGGGAGAUGCUGAUGGACCUCAACUUACUGAAGAUUUCGAUGCUGAUAAAGCCAUUAUCACAUAUCAGCAACUGAUCACAGAGCUGCCACCACUCAAUCGCCAACUUCUGCUAUACAUUCUUGAUUUACUAGCAGUAUUUGCUUCCAAGUCAGACGAAAAUCGCAUGACCUCCGCAAACCUUUCUGCUAUCUUCCAACCAGGCAUGCUUUCUCAUCCAAUUCAUGACAUGGAGCCUGAGCAGUAUCGCUUGAGUCAAGACGUCCUUAUCUUUUUGAUCGAGAACCAGGACCACUUUUUGAUCGGCAUGAGGGGUACUGCAGCAGAUGAGCAAACUGUGGCUGAUGUUCAGAAUGGAGGAACGCCACCACCAGGAACACCGAACACACCAGGAAAGACCAAGACCGGCGUAGCAAGAACAGCAUCGAAUGCUAGUGUAGGCGCAGACAGUGUACGAAAGUUUGGCGGAGUACGAAGAAAUGUUUCAGUGUCUUCACGUCACUCCAAGCAAUCGAAUGGCGCCCCAAGUCCUGCAAGCCCUGCUUAUGGCCCACCUUUGACGCACUCACCCAGCGGCGGCAUCCAUCGAAGCAACACAGUCCCUUCAAAGCGAUCUCCCGGAUUACCUUCAAAUCGAUUGCAAAAGAAUUCUGGCUCGCCGUCGCCUACAGCAGCUGCCUUUAUGCCAAACUCACAUUCAGCUCCUCGGGGGCUUUCGCCAGCAGCUCCAAGCUCAAAGAAUCGCAGCGUCUCGCCAUCAACAUCUGGUGCCCCUCCAGCUGCUCUUGGAAUAUCAAGCCUAGCCCCUUCGACGCAUGCUGCUUCCGUGACGAGUCAAGAGAGACUUCUCGGAGAUCAAGUCGCCACCCCCGCAACGCCUCGGAAUAUCUCUAAUUUAUUUCAGAGGUCACCAACAAACGAGAGUGAGAAGAAGCAGCCAAACAAGCUGAGAAAGAAGCGCCUACCAGGUAGUUCGAAUCCCAGCGCUCAAAGCUCUACCCAGUCCCUUAACAGUCAGGACCAAGCAUCUCCUGCUCUUCAUCCCACUCGUCUUGCCAACGAUGUUGCAGCCCAUCCACAAUUAGAAAGCAUCCCAUCCGCGAAUCCCACCUUGUCCAACACUGAUGCCACACCUCCUGCUACUGAUCCUCCUCAAGCUGACCCAUCUGGCCACCAGUUCCCAACUAGACCGGAGGAGCUUCAUCAAUCAUCAGACAACACAUUGAAGCCCACGUCUCCAACAGGCUCUUUGAGAUCCAGAUCAUCGUUCAAUGACCAGUCAGACGCUGAUCAUCAUGAGGAUGCUGCGGCCGUUGCAGAACAGAGAGAAAAGCGAUCCAGAUGGAGAAUAUCCCGACACCACCGAGACUCUUCUCAACUGGGCAACGCCUUGACACCCAAGAAGGCCGUUGGCUCAGACAAUGGUGCAGGAGCCAGUUCUAGUUCUGUCGGCAGCUCAUCACGGCCUCGCAAGAGUUUCACCGGCGAUACCGUUCCAACCAGCUCCGACACAACUCUCAUUGGUGCACACCCUCAGUCAAGUCACGAUGGUUCAGCUGCAAGUGAGGAAAAGAAAGGACCAUUGGGUUGGAUCAAGAAUAAGAUGCGUGAGAAACGAGAUGAGAUCAAAGAGAAGGAAGCCGAGAAGGAGCGUAACAAGAGCCCACCUGCUUCGACCGAUCGCACUGCAUCCGCAUUUCCAACGAGAGGCAAAAGUAUGGAUAUGAGAAGACCAGAGAACCCGGAGCGACCCGGCGAGGAGCCUUCGACGCCACAUGUCCCAGACAUUUCACAACACCCUCAACGGUAACCUUUAGAAUGAGCUCCACUGAGCAUCGAGCACGUUGGGUAUUGUGAGAUUACGAGUGGUUGUUACGGCCGCAUUUAUAUUCGGAGCGAUUGAUUUGAAAAGUUGUGGAGUUAGCAGGGAAACAUUUUGCGGAACCCCCUUCGGUAUCCUGUUCAGCGCGUUUCUACAGCUGCGUAUGCACAUCAUGAUUUGUUUUCCCAAAGAUCGGAUACCCCGGAGACCGUUUAUUUUAUUCAUUUUUUCAGCACACGGGUCUUCUUCUUCUUCUGACACCUACGGCGAAAGGUACCACGGUUUGAGUAUAUUGUAGGGUCGCUUUUGAGGUGAUGUUUGUGGGAUUCUGUGGCAUAUUUGGAACGAAACACUGGAUGGAUGGAUCUGAGAAAGAAUGGUUGGCUGGUUGAUUCGCUGGUUGGUACGUGUGUGUUUGAGUAUAGUCACACGCACUUGUUGGUAUCUUAUGUGUUCUUCCUCGAACGAAUACUUCCCGAAAUUGAAGGCUUUGGAAUGGCCUGCUCUGCUCUAAAGAUGAAGUAGCUGGGUAGUUCUGCUACGAUUUUCUCGAUGAGGAAUGGAGACGGCACAUUAGAGCUCCGUCGACUGUCUUCGAGACUAUUCCCUGCAAAAAGCCGGAUGGAGCUUGAGAAAUGGGACGAAGCUGGCUGUUGAUGGAUGGACGGAUGGAUGUUAUGCGCCACAUGCAUGGACAGACAGGAUUUGUGACUGAUGUGUGAGAGCGUUCGAUUCUUGUAUUUAGGUUCUGCAAUAGGGGGUUUUUGCGAUGGAAGUGAUGUGUAGAAGUCUAAUGAGAAUGAAGCAAAGUCUUCAAACAAUGCCUAGCCGUACGUUUUAUAUUGCAAGGCGCUUGUGUGUAGUCAGUAUCCGACGAUUAGAUGUGUCCGCACUCUACGUUACCUAUCCAGCACAACAUACUGGAUGAGCUGAAGACUUGAAGCAUCAACGAGAUGAGGGAGAAUCCUGAACAAGCAGUACCCACGGAUCCUGAGACGAGUAAGAUGCUGAUGUGGGCGUCGAUCAAUCAUCACUCAUUCAUAGAAGUCCACUGCCACUCCCACCCCCACCCGGCAUCUCCUCCACAUUGCCAAACAACCUGAACAACGUAUUCUGCCAUGCAUCAGAAUACUCCCCAUUCCCACCACCCAUCCACUGCUCCCCUGCAUA